AUGAAUACAAUAGAAUUAAGUUAUAAGGACUACGGAAGUGUUUGUACAUCUUCCCCAGACAAUGACUCGUUGAAUGAAGAGAACAAUGAUGAGCUGAACACCUCAGAAAGGAAAAAAAAUUUAAGUGAUAACUUAAGUAAAGAUGAAAAUGAUAGAGUAGAAAAAUAUAUAAAAUUAGAAAAUACGAAAAAAAUAUGGGCAGGGACAAAUGAAAUAAUUUUUUACAAAAAAAAAGAUUUACUUGAAUUAAACAAAAUAAUUUAUAAAUAUGAUGAUGAUAAAGAAAUUAAUGUUUCUAGUAAUUCAAAAGUUUUAAAUUUAAAUAAUAAUAAUUUAACACAUUUAGAUUUUUUAAAUGAUCUAUUAAAUUAUAUAUAUAAACCAAAAAAUUUAGAGUCAUCAAUUAUUUAUUCAAACAUUAUAUCAUUAGACAUUUCAUUUAAUAAUUUGGCAUUAAUAAAUAAUGAUAUACUUAUGUUAAAUAAUCUUCAAGUUUUAUAUCUCCAUUCUAAUAAGAUUGAAAAUAUUAGUGAAAUACAAAAACUACAAACCUUAUCAAACUUAAAAAAAUUAACAUUGGAAAAUAAUCCUCUCGUGAAUAUAUAUAACAAGCUUUAUAGGUUACACUUUGCAUCUUAUUACAAAUUAUAUAUGUAUAUAUGCUUGUAUAUAUAUGUAUUUACAUUUUUUAAACACACGUAA